GAGCCGGCAUACGGGCCCGGUUCGGCCUGCCACUGCCCGGGAAAUAAAUGCAACAAUUUUCUUAGCCCGUCAGUAUUUCAAGGUUUUUAGGCGCACUUUACCUUCCUCGAUACUUAUCGACGCCCAAUUUCUCUCACACAAACGAGAAUAUGUUGUUCUUCUCAUACUUCAAGGAUUUGGUGGGACGAGAAGUGACAGUGGAACUAAAGAACGAUUUAGCCCUACGGGGAACCCUUCAUUCGGUGGAUCAGUACCUCAACAUUAAGCUCGAAAACACUAGGGUUGUUGAUCAAGAUAAGUACCCCCACAUGCUUUCUGUGAGGAACUGCUUCAUCAGAGGAUCAGUGGUGAGGUACGUCCAACUGCCACCAGACGGAGUUGACGUGGAACUGCUUCAUGAUGCCACAAGAAGAGAAGCUCGGGGUGGUUAAUUUCAAUUGCCCAUUCAGUUGUCACAAAAAUGUCCUUUGGAUUGAUUUAUCUGUAGUGGAUUUGUCCUCUGGAAAAAUUUGAAACUUUUUACUCUUUGUUACUAAGAAAUGUUCCGAUUUCUACAUAAUAGUGUGACAGCCAAGAGGACACUCGUGUUUUUAAUUUGAGAUAUGGUGCUCGACUUGCAAGAACUAUUAGCGAAGUAAAACAAGUUCAAUUGAACAAAUGAUGGGUAUGUCAUUGAGAUUGACUUUGCCUCAA